CAUUAUUUUCCACCGAAUUGUUUUACAGAAAUCUCGCUGUAUUCUCACUAGCCCCGAAGAACAAACCAAAAAACAACAAGCGCAAACAUGGCUCGCAAAUUCUGUGUUGGUGGUAACUGGAAAAUGAACGGUGACAAGGCCUCUAUCACCGAAUUGUGUAAAACCCUUUGCGGUGCCACCUUGGAUGAAAAUGUUGAAAUUGUUUUGGGCUGCCCCUUCGUCUACAUCAACUUUGCUCGCGAUUUGUUGCCCUGCAAAUUCAAUGUUGCCGGACAGAAUUGCUACAAAGUUCCCAAGGGUGCCUUCACCGGUGAAGUAUCACCAGCCAUGUUGAAGGAUGUCGGUGCUGGUUGGGUUAUUUUGGGUCACUCUGAACGUCGUCAUGUUUUCGGUGAACCCGAUGAAUUGAUUGCCGAAAAGGCUGCCCAUGCUUUGGCUGAAGGUUUAAAGGUCAUUGCCUGUAUUGGUGAGAAAUUGGAGGAACGUGAAGCUGGCAAAACCGAGGCUGUUGUUGCUAGCCAAAUGGCUGCCUAUGCCAAGACCAUUAAGGACUGGACCAAUGUAGUUGUGGCCUAUGAACCUGUCUGGGCUAUUGGUACCGGCAAAACUGCCACUCCCCAACAAGCCCAAGAAGUCCAUGCCUAUCUCCGCAAAUGGUUGGCCGAAAAUAUCUCCAAGGAAGUUUCUGAUAGUCUACGCAUCCAAUACGGUGGCUCUGUAACAGCUGCCAACUGCAAAGAAUUGGCUGCCCAACCCGAUAUUGAUGGCUUUUUGGUUGGUGGUGCUUCAUUGAAACCCGAAUUCAUUGACAUCAUCAAUGCCAAGAAGUAAAUUACCCACAAAAAUUAAACCACCAAAAAAGAUCUACAAUUCUCAUUACAUCAAAAAAGAAAAUACCUAUUGUUGGGAAAAAGUGUUCAUUCAGAAACAAUGCAUUAUAUCACUUGUUAAAAAUAUUUAUAAUGUUAGGCAAAAGAUAACACAACAACUUAGCAACAAAAAAUGGAAACUUGUGUAGUGCAAUUUUGUAAUUCAGC